GUCAUCAAUUGUGACGCAUCCUAUUUUUGCUUCGCAACCGCGUGUCAGAUAGACCCGCGCUGUAUUUUUACAUGGACUGACGAGAACGGUAAACAACAAUGCCGCGUUUUAACUUCUCAUCUUAUUACACGAAGGAUAGUCUCACCUGUUUGAGUUCGACCCACGGUCUCAAUCCGCAAGAAGAAUGGGAGAACUCGCACAAAGCAAUUGAAUCUGGAGGUUCAACCGCUGGUUAUGUCCCGCUGGACGUAACAAAUAGUGAGCUAGAACGUUCACUCACAGCCGAGUUUAAUGAAUUGUCCGAGAGCAUUGAGCCACAGUCAUGUAGUCAGAAGGGUACAAAGGCAAAGCGGUACGCAGAGAGUCCCAUGCUCGCAAGCAAAGGACAACCGGAACUGGUAUGUAACCGGUCAGGAUGCGACGCCAGGUCAGGGUUGGAGAAAUGUCGAUGCAUCACUGUAGAUUCUGGAGUUUCGGACAACUAUCGGAGCCUCAUCUUUGAUGAAUCGCUCUGCUCUGAUGACUAUAAGAGCUCGCCCAGAACAUCCACCCCGAUCAAAGGUGUUUGCCCGGUUGAGGACAAUCUUACGGUUUCGAAAGUAACACCGGAAGUGCAAAAGACGGGAACACAAAAGUUCCGAAAAGGUCUCGUUAUGGUCCUUGACGAGCUAAAUACUCUCUCCCCUGUCAACCAUCAAGCAGACUUAGAUCAAAUGUUAAAAACGGCAAACACAAACGAAAAGCAGAUGACUCCGUGCCUGGCAAAUGUCAUCUCUCGUCUUCAGAGUCUUCCGGUUGAUAAACUCACACAUUUCUCAAAUAUGGGUGAGUAUAUGAAGUUCCUCCAAGAAAAUCAGCAGAUAUGUGACGUGGAAAUCCAUGUUGAAACGUCAAAGUUUAUGGCUCAUCGCGUGGCACUGGCAUGUUUCAGUGAAUAUUUCUCACAAGUCUUCUUCAAAGGAGCAGAGAAACAGAAGGUGCCGUUGGUCAUCCGGCUUCGCGGGGUCACGUCAAGGUCAUUCAAUGUUUUCCUAGAAUGGAUAUACACCGGGGAUUUAGAAAUCUGUCCAUUGCUAGUCGCUGACCUUCUUGUGAUCGCGCAGCACCUUAAGGUUCCAUUACUUGAGGAUAAGUGUGCUGAGUUUAUGGUGGGUAUGCCCUUGGAGAAAUCACUCUCAGUCCUUCAGAGUGGUCGAGUGGUCACGUGCAGUGACCUGUAUGACGUGUGUGUUUCCCACGUGAGUACACAGUUCCAAGAUGUGCUGGACCACAGAUCCUUUUUCAAUCUCGACGUAAACACGUUGUGUAUGAUCUUAUCACGUGACGACCUGAACAUUACGUCCGAGAUAGAGGUGUUCCGAGUGGCCCUGAAAUGGAUAGCACACGACAUGAAUGAGCGCCACAAACACCUGUCCAAGGUCAUGUCUUGUGUGCGAUUUCCAUAUAUGAAUCACCAGGAACUGUUCCAGUGCUUUGAGGUCACGGAUCUUCUUCGGGAGUGCCACGAAACACGAAACGCUAUUCUGCAUGCAAAUUGGUUGGUGACAGCAAUGGCGUUGCGCCGUGAUGACCCUCUCAACAUCCCCGUGGUCCACCCUAGAGCGACACUGUCAGAUCCCAAAAACCCGAAGACAAGGAAAGCCAGCAGUGUAUACUUGAGUUCCCAUUCUAUGAGGAGCGUAAAGCUGGAGUUGGAACCUAACCUAAAAGGAGGUGUUGCCAUGGAUACCACGUACUUGUCUAAGACGGGGGACAUCAUUGCCCUAGGAGCAUACCAGAAGUUCACCAAGGCCAGGGACAAUAGGACAGUGAAGACUGUGGAGAGAUACAACUCCGUAAAGAACCAAUGGACACACUACACCAACCUUCCCCAGCCUCGCUUUCAUCACGGCACCGCCAUCGUUAACAAGAAGAUGUACAUAAUCGGUGGUUCGGACCCAAACAAGUCCAAGAAGAUUUCCAUUCCGUCCAGCGAUGCGUUCGUUUACAACCUGGAGACGGACGAGUGGAGACAGAUAGCGUCCAUGGUCACGGCGAGGAUGCAUCACGUGGUUUGUUCACUCUAUGGGAUGUUGUACGCCAUUGGUGGACAAGAUGGAAAUUCACGGGUUCUUAAUUCCGUGGAGUGCUACAACCCAAAGACUGACCGCUGGAUCUUCGUCAAGCCGAUGAGUGUCGCGAGACUAGGGAUGGCAGCAGCUAUCCAGGAUGGCACUAUUUUCGUUGUUGGUGGUUAUGGCGAAUCGGUUGACAGCAAAUCUGGACUGCCGGUCUUAAGUAGUGUGGAAGUGUUCGAUCCGCGUGAAAAUACGUGGACUACGAAGAAUAACCUACGCAUGCCCCGUUGUCAUGGGAACCUUGUGUCGGUGAAUGGGGAGUUGUUCCUUUGCGGGGGCGCCAUUAGAUCCUUCACAACAAACGACUCCGUUCUGACCAGCGUAGCCGCCAUUGACGUGUACAACAAGAGAAGCGACGUCUGGGAGCACAGAACGGAUAUGGUGCUAGCCCGACACUUUACCGGAAGUACCGUCAUCGGUGGAAAGAUCUUUAUCAUUGGAGGCGUGUCCACGGUGGCAGGACGGAUCCUACAGUCUAUCGAGUGUUAUGACGCCAUCAAUGACGUCUGGAUCAAUGGCGUGCAGGAACUUCCGUAUCCGGCGAGAUGGCUGUCAUGUGUUGCGCUUCCAGGGAAAAUCUAAUUGGCUAUCUACAUAUAUGGACAGUUCUUUACAGUUAGAAAAUGCAAACCCAAGGCGUUAACAAGACUUCUACAAAUCAACACAUUUGGAAAUAAAGCUCCACAUAGUUUCU